ACCAGCAGACUCUCAGUGUGUGUGUGUGUGUGCGCGUGUUAUAUGUGUGUGUGUGUGUGUGUGUGUGUGUGUCUAUGGGACGGAUCGCAGCUCCUCUCCUAGAUGCUCCUCUACGCUCACAGUGUCGAUGAUGUCAUCCUCCGCUCGGAUCGCGCUCGCGACGCUCUUCAUCUGGGUUCUUCUUCUGUCGAGUCCCGCCAAAUCCAAGCGGAACCGAGGCGCGAUUCCUCACCCGGACAAGAACAACCAGCAGCAGCAGGAGGCGGCCCCGGCACCGGGUCCGGGCCCCGGAGGCAGGAGCAGCGGCUCGGAGGAGAUUCUGGAGUCCAGUCAGGAGGCUCUGCACGUCACCGAGCGCCGCUACCUGAAGCGGGACUGGUGCAAGACUCAGCCGCUCAAACAGACCAUCCACGAGGAGGGCUGCGUCAGCCGCACCAUCAUCAACCGCUUCUGCUACGGACAGUGCAACUCCUUCUACAUCCCGAGGCACGUGCGCAGAGAGGAGGGCGCGUUCCAGUCGUGCUCGUUCUGCAAGCCCAAGCGCUUCACCACCAUGACCUUCACCCUCAACUGUCCUGACCAGCAGCCGCCGACGCGGAAGAAGCGCGUGCAGCGCGUCAAACAGUGCCGCUGCGUCUCCAUCGAGCUGGACUAGACACGAGAGCGACGCGUCAGAACACACGGAAGAGACGCGUCUGUCAGCGUCACACACUACAUAAACAUCACCAUUUAUAUCCGCCUGCAAACCAACUAUGAUCUGGCACCAAGGUCUUUAAGAGCGCGAAAACAGUCAAAUGUGUCCAAAUUUUGACUAUAGUGCGAAACUGAAUCUAAAACCAAAGUUUUGAAUAAUUAAUACACGUGCAGUUUUAUGAGCUCUUUAAAUAAGAGAUGCACGCAUUAUUUGUAAAAACAAGUUUAACUGCAGGAUUAUUGAACUCCAAUAAAAUAAAAUAAAAUCUAAAGAUGGACAAAAAUUAAAACUAGAGUUUUAAACAUGUAAAUAUUCUUUUAUGAUUCAACAUGCAGUUUUCUGAGCUCUUUUAUUGAGAGAUGCAUGCAGUUUUUGUGCUUCUAACAAAAGUUUAACUGUAGUAUUAUUGAACAGCUGUAAUAGAUAGAUAGAUAGAUAAAAAUAGUCAGAAAGCACCUAAAAUCUUGACUAGCAGUGCAUGUGGAUUGUUCACAAAUAAAGUGUCAUUCUAAAUCAAAAACUUUACAAAGCAUUUAAAUAUUUUUCUUUAUGAUUAAAUGCAGAUUUUUGAGAGAUGCAUGCAAUAUUUAGCCUAUAAAUGUAUAAACUAACAGCAGAAAAAAGGAACUAAAAGGGUAAAAAAAAGAGAAGAAACGAAAAGAAAGGCAUUCAUUUGAUUGGUCACAGAAAUGAUUUUGUAUUCAUUUUGUACUAUUGUUUUAAAUAUAAAAAAAUCCUAAUACAAAUUUUUAUUAGUAGUGCAUGUGCCUAUUUGACAUAAAAAGUGUCAUAUUUAAUCUAAAAUUCGUGUUUUUAACAUGUAAAUAUUAGUUAAUGAUUCAACGUUCAUGUUUUGAGCUAAUUAAUUGAGAGAUGCAUGAUUCAAAGUAUUUGUACUUUUAUAAACAAAGUUUAACUACACAAUUACUGAGAACCAGUAAAAAAAAAAAGCAUUUACAAAUGGUCAAGGACCUCACAUUGUAUUGAUUUCACUGGUCAAAAUCCUAAUAAUUUCAAUGCAUUUUUAAUGAGAAAUCAUGACUGCACAUAUUGUUUAUAUGCUGAAGAACUUCCAGAUCCCUCCGAGUACGAGUCUGUCAGCUUCAUUCAUCUCCAAAUCUAGAGCGUUUAAAUCUGACUGAUAGUUUCCACUAUGUGGAACGACUUUAUUUAAUAAGACACUGUUCUUCAUCUUUCUGCUGAGUUUCUUUCUGCUAUUCCUCUAUUUAUAAUAUCAGUCAUAAAGAUUAUAUGGAGUUAGUUGUGAAGAGCGAGU